AUGCUCGGCGCACUACCCCUGCCUACGCGCGACCUAGCUGAACUCGCAAAAGAGGAAAAGGGCUUCACCUUCAACCACUUCACGUGCGAGCAUGCCUGGGUCAUUGGGAACAUUCUUCGAAACGCUCUUCGCACCGCCGAGUGCCCUGUCCUCAUCCACAUAGCUCUCUCGACCCAGACCCUCUUCCAUGCGCCAAGCCUUCCUGGCAUAAUGCCCGAUCACGAGAAAUGGGUAGAGAGAAAACGCAACACAGUGCUCAGAUGGGGUCACUCGACAUGGUACAUGGGGUGCCAAUUCGAUGACGAUUACAAAAAGUUUGCCGAAUACCAUGCCAUGAGUGGAGAUGAGUGGUCCAAAUACACCAUCGAAGGGGGCGGAUAUCCCGUCUUCGUAAAGGGGGUCGAAGGCGUUGUUGGCGCAAUUACAAUUGCAGGCGCCGACAUCUCAAGCGUGCAGGCGCACAGCGUUGUCGUCAAAGCUGUAGAAGAGUACAAGGAACUGAGAGAUGGGUUUCGAAGUCCAAUGAGAGCGGCAACCACAGCUAAAUGA